CCUGUUCUGGUUGAAAAGGGGGGAAAUGGCUCUUAAAGGCUGCAGUGCAUCCUUGUUGCCAGGACGACGUUUCGGCUGAGGCACUUUCACCAUGGCUGCAGCUUGCGGGUGGGGCCUUGUUUUAAAAACAACCAAUUUCCAUCAAGCGGUCCGUUAAGGAAAAGGGAGGAAGCACAGAGCAGCUGGGGGAAAGGGAUGCCUGUCAAAACAAAAACUUGUAUGUGUGGCUAAUAUAUAAACCCAGUGCAGAGAAGACCUGAGUGAGUUCCCAUCCUGAAGCCUUGUGCAGAGGUAACUGCUGCCCUGCUGAUUUCUUUGCUGUCAUGACCCAGUCAUAACAGCCCUUCAUCAGCCAGGAUGAUAAAACAAAAACAAAAAAGGCUGAGGAGAAGAAGAUGGUCACAGUGACAAAGCCCCAACAUUCAGUUUAUAAGCGUCUUAAGAUGGGGUGUAGCAGGAGCUGUGCAGACUCAAAUAGGGCUUGAAGAACAAACUUGAUCUGAGCAGAUGGACGAGAUGUGGAGCAACUGUGAAGACAAGGAAAUGAGGUCUGAGCUGUUUGUGACACCAGCAGCUAAAUUAACACAAGCGCUGAAAAGGGCAGAAAUAUUUAUUGGAGAAAAAGAGACAUAUAAAGCCCACAGGGAACUGAUUCAAUGUACAGCUCUUGCUAGAAUCGUCUAUGGACACUGGCACUGGAGGACGGCACAGGCACACGCCCAUCUUGCUCACAGCUACCUUACACUUCAAGGUAUGUCUUGGUCAGGACAAGAGAAACAGAAAGAUAACGGGAAUCUGACUUCAGGUCUUCCUGUGCAAGCUAUACAGCAUGCAAACUCAGCCAAAUGUACCAUCUUCAAAGGGGAAGGUACCCCUUCAUCAUCCUCAGAGGAAAGGAGAGAGAUUCUGAGCACCCUUCUGACAAUCUAUUACACUUUGGGUGUAGCAGAAUGGAUGCGGAAAAAUGGCAAAGAAUCCUAUGGCAAUCUGCAAAAGGCUGAGAGGAUCAUGGAAGACCUACAGGGGUCAGGCUGGAGAGGGACCCCUCAACUCAAAGUAUCAGAGAGAGACCUUAGUGCAGCAUUGGGCAGAGCAAGCUUGCAGCAAAACAAGUUAAUGAUGGCAGUCAAACACUUUGAGAAGGCGAUUGAUGCUGUAAUUUCAGCUGAAGGAGAGACGGCUCCAGAGCUGAUCAGUCUUUAUCAAGAAAUAGCCCAAGUUGAACAAAUGAAGAAAAAUCAUAAGAAAUGCAUAGGAUAUUUAUUGCAGGCCCAUUCCGUUGCACUAGCUGUGGGCAAGAAAUGCAGCCCAGAAGCUGCUUCAAUAGCAUUAUUACUGGGUAAGGCUUAUGCUGCGACUGGAGAAGAAAAACAUGGUGAGGCUGCUGAAAUGUACUUCAGAGAAAGUCUUGCAACCUACAAAGUGGCUCUGGGGCCAGACCAUCCCCAGAUGAUUGAUGCCCUGGAAGAGUUCAGUAAAUGGCUUAUAUGUGUAGGGAAAAGAGAGCAAGCCUAUGAUUUACUCAAAGAGUCAUUUGAGUCUCAGUCAGAUCCUUGUAGUGAUUUUAAUGAAAAGGCAGCUGAAAGAUUUUAUAUUAUGGGCUGUAUCUGCUUGGCAGAGGAGAACAUGAGGGAAGCCUAUCAACUGCUCAGUAAGUGUGUGCAGAUCCAGACUGCUGUUUAUGGGCCUCGACAUAGGAAAUCUAAAGAGAUACAAAAGCUCCUGGACAUGCUGAAGAUGUCUCCUGGUGUACUCGAAGGAACCAAACCUAUGAAAUAGAAGAGAGGAGAUGCCAAGACCCUCAUAACACUGGAAUGUACAUCAGUCACUGGAAUGUGCAGCAAAAAUAGCCUGCCUGUAGUACCUACUUGAGUGUUUUGCUCAGAAAAGUAAUUUUAGUAUUAAGUAAAUUAAAGUAUUAAUUAGU